CGAUCUUUUCCGUGAACAAAGAGCACGUGUUUACUUGCCGGUCACAUUCAACUUAUUUUAUUGUAUAAAAUUUUACGUCAGAUUUGUUAUAGCUCAUACGUAUUUGGUGGUUGAAGAUUGAAAGUUUGUGAUCAUCGUAAGAACAGGUUAACAUGAAUCCUGAAAAGUUGAAGAAGCUUCAAGCCCAAGUACGAAUCGGUGGUAAGGGAACACCCCGACGCAAGAAGAAGGUUGUACAUGCAACUGCUGCUACAGAUGACAAAAAAUUACAAAGUUGUUUAAAGAAGUUGUCUGUGAAUACAAUUCCUGGCAUAGAGGAGGUUAAUAUGAUUAAGGAUGAUGGUACUGUUAUACAUUUCAAUAAUCCUAAAGCUCAGGCUAGUUUGUCUGCAAAUACAUUCGCCAUUACUGGUCAUGGCGAGAACAAACAAAUAACGGACAUGUUACCAGGAAUAAUAAGUCAGUUAGGUCCUGAGGGUGUUACACAAUUAAAACGACUAGCAAGUACAGUUUCUGGUAGUACCGUUGGUAAAGCAACAUUGGAAGAGGAUGAUGAGGUUCCUGAUUUAGUGGAAAACUUUGAUGAAGCUAGUAAAGAGGAGGUUGCUUCAAAAAAGGAAGUGGAUGAAAAUGAUAAAGCAGCUGCUGAUAAAAAAGAAGCUGUUGUACUUGAUGAAAAGAAAGAAGCUCCCUUAGCUACACCUGAGGCUUAAAGUGUAACAAGCUGUUUCACACAACUAAAAGUUGUAAUUGACAAGUCAAGAAAUACAAAUUGCUAAAGCAAUGCAUAAAUGAAGUAUCACUAUACAUACAUUAUAAAUAUUUGACAAACCCUAUAAUAAUACUAAAUGAGUAAGUUAUCAAGAAAUAAAAGAAAAGAGGAUAUAGAAAUCAAAAGUUUCUACAAAUGAAGUUUUUUACUUUAUUGCAUUUGCUAAACGGUAGAGUUGCUUUGAAACAGCUAAAAUGAUCUUAUUCUUUUAUUAACAUUGUGUAACAAUAAUUGUGUACAAGAUAUAACGUUUGAACUUCAGACAUUUAAUUUGGCUGUUGAUAGUACUCGAUAUAUUAUUAAUACAAUUUUCACUAUUGCAUUAGGUUCGCGUGGUUUUACUUAACGAAAAUAAAUUCAAUGAAUUUAUAGAAAUAUUGAUUAGUAAAAUAAUACGAAGUUUCCAAUAAGAGAUAGUAAUUUUCCACUUAUCCACAGUGUUAUUAUAUAGGGGAAAGAAAUUUAUAUGCAGUAUAGAAAGAGUAAAAAAAAAUGAUACGCAGAAUACAGUAAUUCCUCCAAGAUUGCCAUUGUGGUCUCAUUUCCAUAUUGCCACUGCGUCCGGUCCCGCGCUUAUGUGUGCGUUAUUCCUGUACCUGUGUUUUCCUCGCUGGAGUCAGUCAAACAUGUUAAAUAGUGUAACGUGAUACCUGCCGCGGUUCUUUGGUGUGAGUUACCACCUUAGUAAUUCGUAAUAUAGCAAUAUAAUUUUUUAAUUUCAACGAUUUUUUAUCUGUAAUUUUGUUGUUAACAUAUUCUUGAGAUUUUUUCGAUUAAAAUGAGGCCAAACACGAUAUAAUUUACAUUAUAUUUAUCCUAAUUUCAUUAAAGAACGGGUUGUUCCAAAAUAGUACAUAAUGUCUCGGCUGUUACGAGCCUUUCAUACUACAAAGGUGAGCCGAGGCGACAGAGGCUAGCCGCCCAGUGAUCGAGUUUCGAUUCUCCUUUAUUAUGAUUGCAGCAUUUCGAUUCCGACCACAAUGGCAAUCUCGGAGGAAGUCCUGUACCAAGGCAUCUCUAUUUUAAUUAGAAGAGUUAAUAAUGGAUUACAGUAGUUUCUCGCAACCGUUUUCCAAUGUGGAGAAAAUGGGAUGUAAUAUUUUGUAAUGUAGUCUAUGGAAUAAAUUCAUUUUGCUGGAAA